GUGAGAGCAGCGCGAGCGCGGCAUCGCUCAGAGACAGUAGUGAGGACGGCGCGAGCGCGGACGGAGGCGAGCACGGGACCGGACGUACUCCGGGAUUUUCUUCGAUGUCAUUUUUCUCCUCGGUUUAAAGGAUCCACAUCUGCCUUGUUUUUGUCUUUUUGGUGCUGAUUGAUUUAUAUAAUUAUACAGUUUGGAUAUUUCCAACGAUCUUUGGAAGCCCAGCGCCAUGCGGAUACUCGCGCGCUGCAAAUGAGAAGCGGACGACGCGCUCGCGCCACAUGAGCGACGUUCCCUCGCCCUUUGGAGGAGUCGCGCGGACACCGAGUCCCCUCACCGCGGAGAGCAGCCAGCACCCCGCCCGCAUCCUCGCCCUCGGUCCGAGCGGCGAUUCACGAGCCCAGGCUCGCUUUCCACGGCUCGCGCUCCACAGUUCGCUUCCACUCGCGGAUCCGGUGCGUCACGCGAAGCGGCUUCCCGUCCGGAUUCUCCAAAUGCUGAGCGCGCGCGCGGCUCACAUGCUCCACGCGGACUACCUGCAGCCUCUCAGCUCCGCGCCGCUCCCCAUCGAGCUGGAUGCUAAGAAGAGUCCACUCGCUCUUCUGGCUCAGACCUGCUCCCAGAUCGGCAAGCCGGAUCCUCCUUCGUCCUCCAAGCUGAGCUCGCUGUCCUCGGGCAACUUGGGAGACAAAGAUGGCCGGUCGACCGGUUCGAGUCUCAAAUCAGCAGAGCAGCAGCAACAGCAGGGCCUGGAGGACAAGUCCAGCUUCAAGCCUUAUUCCAAAAACAACUCGGAAUGCCGGAAGGACGGAGUCGUGUUGAGCGGAUCAGCCGACAAAUCCGGGUUCAGGACUUCUGGUGGGAGUUCGGCUACCACGACGUGUCCGUCGUUCCCUCCUCACACCUCGUCUCCGAGGACCUGUUCACCGUCCCAGCAUGCCCCAGGCCAGGCACAUGUACACCGCCACACGCAGUCUCCGUCCAUGCAGAAACCCCUCAGUGUAGACUCCAAAACUGGAAGUUCUGACUCCAGCACGGAGAGCAGCAGUGGCAGCGAACGCGUCGGGAAAAAAGACUUGGAUAACUGCAGACUUGACAAUGCCCAGAUAGCCAACUCUAGCCAGGCACGCGCAAGUGUCAACUCCAGCAGUGGCAGUGCCUCGAGUAGCCCUCGACCAGAAAGCAAGAAUGAUUCCCAACCACCGCAGACAUCCUUAGCUAAUUCCAGCCACGUUGCCCCGAUUUCACCAUUCAAACCAGGACACUCCGUGUUUCCCUUACCUGCUUCCACCUUGGGAUACCACGGCUCCAUCGUUGGCGCCUACGCUGGUUAUCCGUCCCAGUUCAUCUCUGGGUUGGACCAUGCCAAGUCCGGUUUAGUGGGUGCUGCUGGGAUGCCGAAACACCCAAGCUCCAGUCCUUUAACUGGCACAUCUCCUCCAUCUUUUAUGCAAGGCUUGUGCCGGGACCCGUACUGCCUCACUUACCCCAAUGCGCCCCACUUAGGGGGAAGCAACUGCAACACUUGCGUCCACGACCCGUCCUCGUCUCUCAAGUCAGGAUUCCCAUUGAUGUACCCUUCCCCACACCUCCAUGCGCUCCAUCCGGCCUCUCUGUCCACGUCCGGUGCUUCCGGCUCCCUCUCCCACCCGCUCUACACCUACGGCUUCAUGCUCCCUAGUGACUCCCUUCCUCAUGCCUGCAACUGGGUCUCCGUCAGUGGGCCCUGCGACAAACGUUUCGCUACUUCCGAGGAACUUUUGGCACACUUGCGCACUCAUACCUCCCUUCCUGGCAUGGACGGAAAGCUCCUGUCUGCCUAUCCUUCCUCCGUCUCUUCUUCAGCUGCUUCUUGCCACCUACACCUGCCACCUCCCAACAGCCCCGGGGCUCUUCCGAGCUCCUUCUCGCUUCGAGGUUCUCCUGGACUCGGCCUGGCUCGCUACCAUCCCUAUGGCAAACCUCAUUUGCCCGGAGCGCCUUCCUUACCUAUGCAUUCUCUCCCUGCUACGGCACAGUACUACUCACCCUAUGCUCUCUACGGCCAGAGACUGGGCUCAGCAUCGGCACUCGGUUACCCUUGACGGGCGCACAGGUGGAGAGAACGAGGAACAGGUGAAGACGAGGUCAGGGACCAUCCACAAAAGAGGUUCCCAGCCAGAAAGGGAGCUUUAAAUGGAUGGAUUUACCUCGGUGAAACCGUGGAGGUGGGAAGCACGGGCUUGAAUGCUGUCGGAUCUGAAGAAAGAAACAUGAACUUGUGCUUGAUUCCUGAGAAUAAUGGAACUGAUAACUUUAAUAUUAUUUGACGAUCAAAGUUUUAUUUCAGUUUAUUAAUAAAAUAAAAAAAAAAGAAGGUAUAUUUAUUUUUCUCUUGAGCGCUUGGCUUUGUACUUGGGAAACAUUUACCGUCUAAAUGCAUUCGUUGUCACUUUGGUACAGGAACAAUAUUUUCAGAGAUCAAUAUCGCUCUUUCCACAAUACUUUUCUAUAACAAACUCAUUUAUCUUUCGGUUGUCACUUUGUUUGUUUUUUCUCUUUUGCUUUCGCGUGCUCCAGCAAGCAUGACUUGCCUGACAGCCGGUUUGUUCUUGGAAAUUUGCCAUUUUCUUUCUUUUCUUUUUUUUUGUACUUGUACAGUUCAAAAGAAUAAAACGUAAACAGACAGAUGUGAUAUAUUUUCUAUGGUGACUGAUUCUGCAAGCUGGGGAGAGUUUACUUGAGGGUUGACGGGAACGUGUUGGGGGGGGGGGGGGGGGGGGGUGAAUACCAACAAUUAAGAGUCCUCUGUAGACAUGGUGGCGCUAUACACUUAAACAGAAUGUCUUAUUUUGUGAAAUAAAUGAUAACUUGAUUAUA